AUGUUCGAACACGGAACGGGUAUCCAAUGGCAUGCCCAGCGCUUAAUCGUUUUCGAUACCACUUCCGGGUUAUGCCAGGAACUUACCGGAUCGACAUCCAUUGAGCUUGUUUCCCGGCCGUCUUCCACAUUCCGACCCGGUGCAUGCAACCCAGCACCGAAGCGUGUGCUUCUUCUGACCAAUUCGGAGCACGGCCAGGCCAAUGUCUUCCUGGCAACCAGUUAUGCCCUACUCACGCUCGAGGACGAGGACGUUAAAGUCCACUUUGCUUCGUUUCAGCCAAUACAAUCCUUCGUCUCGGCCACCUCCGAUCAUGCCCAACAGGACAAGCCCGGGGCGCGGCCCAUCGUAUUCCACACCAUAGACGGCGUUGAUAUGGUGUCAGCUUGGACGCGCCCCGAAAUCGCCGCAGAGCAGGAAGCCUUGAAGAACCGCAGCAUCAUCCCACUCGUACACGACAUUAGACGGACGUUGAUGGUCCUCAAAGUCACCCUUCCCUGGACAGGGCCAGAGUUUGUCCAGAUCAUGCAGUCCGUUAUCAGCAUCGUUGACGAUGUCCAACCGGACGUCAUAGCAGUCGACCCAUGUUUCUCCCCAGCCCUCACCGCCCUCCGUCAUAGCAAAGCAAAGUUCACAGUACUGUCCCCAAACACCAUCAAAGACUUUGCCAUCCCCUACCAACCCAACGCCGAAGCCCUCUGGAAAUACCCCAGGGAUGGGGUGGUUAGGAUUGUGGAUUGGUUGGAGGCGGAGCCGAUGGCGGUGUUGGAGACGGGGGUGGUGGUGUGUGCGGUGCAUCAUGGAGGGGCGAAUUCGUUCUUGGAAGCCGUUUGUGCUGGAGUUCCGCAGGUGGUCCUCCCUGUGUGGAUGGACACGUUCGACUUUGCUCGGAGGGCGGAACUGCUCGGCAUCGGUCGAUGGGGUAACAGGCUCACCCGCAAACUCUGCGAGGAGAAGGAACUCGGGGCCAUACUGACCGAGGUCGUCGCCGGGGAGAAGGCGCCGGCCUAUGCAGGGAAGGCGAAGGAACUGGCUGCGCUAUGCAAGGAGUCAGGGGGCGGAAGAUUCUUCUUACCCUCGGGCCAGCUUAUUCCGUGA